UAUGUCCCCUUCAAAAAAAAGCCAAUGUUAUGUUAGAAAUAUGUUUCUAAACCCUAACCCUCUUGUUCGUAGAAGCUAAACACACUCACAAGUCACCGACACAAUUAACAAUUUACGCUGAGAACUUUCACCUUUUUCUACUGUCUAAAUUCAUCUAUUCCAGAUUUGUGUGUAACACGUUCAACAUCUUAUUUCCGGCAUCAAUUCAAGUUACUCUUACUGAAUUUUUGUAGCAGAUAAAAAUAGUGUGAGGAAAGAAAUUGAAGGAUUUUUUCGACGAAAUCGCGAAGUUCGAUCUUCCAAAAAAGAUUGAAGUUAACGUCUCGUCAAUUCAAAUUGGUGAUGCUUUUGCGGAGGCUUCCUGUGAAUUUUUUUUUCUCUAGAAGAUUUUUAUCAACUAAGAACCCAAAUGACUUUACUUCUUCAAUUGCAGAGCUCAAUAAGGAACUGGAAGAUAUUUUUGGUGAGCCACCUCCAUCAGGUCCAAUAGGUUCUAGUGACAGCAGCUUUAUAACUCAAGAAAGUCAGUUUUCAUCUCCUGAAAUGUCUGAAAAAGGAUGCAAAUUAACCCAUAUUGGAAAGCAAGGGGAGGCACAAAUGGUGGAUGUCUCACCCAAAGAAAAUACCAAGAGAACAGCCAUUGCCAGUUGCAAAGUUUUAUUGGGAAAAAAUGUGUUUGAUAUGGUAUCAGCUAAUAAUUUAGCCAAGGGAGAUGUGCUUAGUGUAGCGAAAAUUGCAGGAAUAACAGGGGCAAAGCACACAAGCAACCUUAUCCCGCUUUGCCAUAACAUUAGCCUGUCGCAUGUGCACGUUGAUUUGGCGUUGAAUAACCGUGAUUACAGUGUUGAUAUCCUAGGGGAAGCCUCUACUUCUGGAAAGACCGGGGUUGAGAUGGAAGCUUUGACUGCUGUCAGCAUUGCUGGACUAACGGUGUAUGAUAUGUGCAAGGCUGCUUCAAAAGAUAUUGAAAUAACAAAUGUGAAGCUCGAGCGUAAAACUGGAGGGAAGAGUGGCGACUGGUCCAGGGAGGGCUAGUGGUAUCCAACUCGAUUGUAGGUACAUAAUUUGAGAGUCUUCUCUCCUUGAUCGCGAAUGAUGAUACCAACAGUAGCGAAAGAGGAACGAAGCGAUCCAUUGAAGUUGAGUUUGAACUAAGAUGUGGGAGGCGAGUCCCCUGCCAUCAGGAUAGAUUGAUUGAAAUGGGAGAGUGAGGUUGUGGAUAGUAUGAGAAUACAAUGAAUCUAUUAGGUGACAGUGGUCGAUUGAGGUUCUUAUUUUGCUAUUUUACCUUGUUUUCUAUUCUUGUGUUUUAGACCAUACAAAAUAAACAAGUAUAUAAAGUGAACAAGUUACAAUAUCACACUACUACUCUAUUCGUUGUAGUAUUUCUUC